AUGACUCACUCGAUCCCUCCGCCACCGCCCUCCCCGUUUCCCCUGCGCGAACCCCCCAACACGACGUGGCGGAGUCUCCGUCCCGCUUCCCCCCGCAACAAGCACCGCGGACCCCGCCGCCCCAAUCUGCGCCAAGAGAACCCUUCCUCUCCGCGCAUUCAUUCCCCCUUGUUCCGCCAGGGCCGCCGGCGGAUGGGGGGAGCGCGCACGGGGGAAAGGGGGAUGGGGGAAGGUGAACUGGGAGAAGGGGGAUCAGGGGAAGGGGAGCUGGGCGAUGUGGGCACAGGGGGCGCGGGAGAUGGGCGCAUGGGGGGCGGGGAGGCGAGGGAAGGGCAGAACGACGCCAUGCAAGAACAGGAAACGCUGCAGAGGGGGAACGAGCAGCAGAACAAGGGGGGGCAGCAGCAUGAGGCGGAGGAAACGAAAGAGGCUGAUUUCGUAUCUCCGCCCUCUCAUCCUUGUUCCACUCCUCAUGCUACCUCCAUGAAUGCUCUUCAUCCUCCUCCUGACCCUCCCCCUGUUGCUUUGACACAAACUGCAGAUGCUGCUACAGGUGCUGCUACAGGCAUUGUCACAGAUGCUGGUGGUGCUGCAGCGGAUGCUGCUGUGGACGCCCUUCCUCCUCCUCUUCAACCUGCACUGCCCUCUCAUUCUUCACCGGUAGCAGCAGCAGCAGCAGCAGCAGCAGCAACAGCAGCGUUACCAGCCACAGCAUCAUCACCAGCAGCAGCAGCAGCAGCAGCAGCAGCAGCAGCAGCAGCAGCAGGAGGAGGAGGAGGAGGAGGAGGAGGAGGAGGAGGAGGAGGAGGAGGAGGAGGAGGAGGAGGAGGAGGAGGAGGAGGAGGAGGAGGAGGAGGAGGAGGAGGAGGAGGAGGAGGAGGAGGAGGAGGGGGAGGAGGAGGAGGAGGGGCACAAAAAAAGGAGGGAGCGCGAGGGAGAGCGUUGAAGCGAGCAAGGAUCGAGGGAAGCAAACCAGCUGCGGAGGAGAAUCAGACGAGAGAAGGCAGAGAAGGUCAGGGAAGGGAGAGGAACGAUGGGUUGUUGGGGCCGGUGGAGAAGACCUCUUCUGAGGCGCCUCAAAAAGCGUUGCAUGAUCAUGGGCAGGAGAGGAAGGGUGGUUCGUUGGAGGCAGCACAGGAGGGAAAAGGCGAGGAGAGGAGGGAUGGGUACCAGGAUAGUAAGCGGAGGAGAGGAGGGGAGAGCAGGGAGGAGGUGGAGGGGAGGUUGAGGGAGUGUCUGAGGGAGAGGCGGCUGUGGCAUCUGCUGGAGGACCGCAGUGCACUGCUGGCGUCGCUCAAGGCACACGUGAAGCACCUCUGGAAGAUGGGGCCACACGCAGUGCAGCCGUGUCAGCGCGUGCUGGGGGCGCAUGAGCCCACGCGGGACGACCUUCUCAUGCUACCUCCCACAUCUCUCCCCCUCGUUCCCUCUCCACGGUCCCCGUCGCCCAAUGCCUCCUCAACCCGGCAGCCGUUGCAGGACGUGCUGUUGGCGCACGAGGCGACGCUGGAGGACCUGCAGGGCGAGAAGAAGGGCGCGCUGCAGCUGUUCGCGCUGCUGCUGGGCGCCCCCGAGGUCACGUCCCUGCGCAAGGACGAGCUCGCCGAGGCCAUUGUGCGCGCCGACGCGUGGGCACGAGUGCGAGGCGAGGGGAGGGGGGGCAUGAGGGGGGACUCGGAUUCACGGGGGAGAGUGCGAGAAGAGAUGUCCACCAGAGGGGGGAGUAUGAGACCUGGGCUGCUGCUGCGGCCGCAGCAGGGGGGGCUGUCAUGUCUGGGCGACACAGGCAAGAUAGGAGACGAGCAGAUUGCACGGUCGAACCAGCCGACGCAGUUGAAUGAGCAGUUGAACGGCCUUCCUUCAGUAUCCGCUCCCGCCCCAACCCCUUCGGAAGUGCAGCUGACAGUACCGGCUCCUUUCCCACCUCCUGCACACCCAAGAGAAGGGCAGGUGGGAGGGGUGCUGCUGCCACAGGAGGUGGGCCUAUCAGACAUAGGCGAUGCGCGCAUUGCACGGCUGAACAGGCCCGCCGAUGUGCUGCUCACGGAGUUCCUUGAAAGGAGGAUGCGGUGGGAGCACACGGAGGAGCGGGAGCUGCUGGCAGCAAAGCUCGAGGCGUACAUUCGGUCACUCAUCCGCUCCAACCCCGAUGCCCUCACGGGCUAUCAGGAGCUGUUUUUUGCGCGGUGCGCGGGGGCAGAGGAGGACGUGCAGCAGGAGAAGCGGGAUGUUGUGAGAGUGGUGGCGCUGCUGCUGGGGUGCUCUGUGCCCGCUAAAGCCAAGAAGCUCCAGCUAGUGAAGGCCAUCAGUGCCUCUGCUCUGUGGCAGGCGCACAGGCGCAGGGAGAAGGGACGAGCGGCAGGGGAGAAAGGGGGAGUGGUGGUGGGACGGGGAGGAGGAAUGGAACGGCAGCAGCACCAGCAGCAGAAGCAGCAGCAGCAGCAGCAGCAGCAGCAGCAGCAGCAGCAGCAGCAGCAGCAGCAGUGGCGGCAAUAUUACCAGAAGGAACAGCAGCAACAUGAAUUGGAGCAAGAGCAGCAGAGGGUGGGGGAAAGGCGUAUGACAGGUGAGGCCCGUGAGGUACCCACACGGAUCUUGAUGCACCCACUUGUUGAAACCGAUGAGCAUGGAGAAGAUGAGAGGGUGGGGAGAGGAGCGGCGAGAGAAGCGGGGAGAAGAGGGGAGAGGGAAAGGGAGAAGGAUGCAGGUGAAGCAGGGAUGAGAGAGAAGGGAGGAGGGGAGGUAGAGGCAGAGGAUGAAGAGGAAGAGUACGCUAAUGGUUACUCAGAAGAGAGGAAAGAGAGGUGUAAGAACAUAGCAGAGAAGGAUGGAACCAUGGACUCGCAUGGGCUCCAAACAGGGGAGAUGGAGGAGGCUCAGGAAAGGAAGGAGCUGGAGUGUUAUAAAAUGGGAGAGCUCCAGUCACGGGCGCAGCUGUUGCUCGAUGAUUUCUCGAGGCGCAAGCCAGACCUUGAAGAGGUGAUGGGUGAAGCUCGAGAAUAUGCUAGAAGAGAGGAGCAGUUUGAAAUGACGAUUGAAUGA